GACAAACGGAUAAGUUUGUUAAGAAGCGGGAAGAGAGAAUGAGAAGUAGAAACAGAUAAGAUCGUCUUAUUCUUCACUUCGGGGGAGAGGCAAUGGCUGCUCUGCAGAACUGUCCUUCAAUCCAUAGAAGGCUUCUGCCCAGCACCUUCUCUCAGCAAGCAGGGCUGCAGAAGCAGGGGACAGUCCCUUCCAGCUGCAGAAGAGGCAGCCCAUUUGCAGUAAGAGCUGAGCAAUUUGUAACUUCCGAUUCCGCCUCGGCUCCGAUUCACCCUCCUUCUCCAGGUCAAUGCAAGAGAAGGCCUCUGCUUUUGGGCAUAGGAGCUAUAGCUUCCAGUCUACUCCCCGCUGCUUCUGUUCUUGCAGAAGAAAUACCACCAAACUACCAAUCUUUUGUGGACCUGGUUGAUGGGUAUUCGUAUUAUUACCCCUCGGAUUGGAGGGAAUUUGAGUUCAGGGGACACGAUUCUGCAUUCAAGGACAGGUACCUGCAGCUGCAAAAUGUGAGAGUGAGAUUCAUCCCAACUGAUAUGAAAGACAUUCAUGACAUGGGCCCCAUGGAGGAAGUUGUUACAAAUUUGGUGAAUAAUGUUUAUGCUGCUCCCAAUCAAAUGGCCACCAUACUUGGGAUGCAAGAAAAAACAAUCAAUGGAAAGAACUAUUACACCUUUGAGUACGGGCUUAAGUCUCCAAACUUCACCAGCACUUCUUUUGCGACUGUUGCAGUUGCAAACGGGAGAUAUUACACAUUGACAGUUGCGGCGAAUGAGAGGCGGUGGAGGAGAGUGAGGAACAAGCUCAAAGUUGUUGCAGACUCUUUCCAGGUGCUUGAUAUCUGAAAUUGUGAAUGUUAUGUACAGCUCGAGGCACAUAAUGCAGGGUUGAGAUUCUCGACAACUACGUAUUGAUUUUGUUGCCCCAGUCUUCAAAUCGAGUAUCCUUUGCCUUGGA